GCAGUUGUCCAAGCCUGGAGACCCAGCGGCGAGUAGCCUUUUGCUCCUGGACUGACUCGAGAUGCUUAAAGGAUGGCCUCCUCAGAUCUGGAAUUAUUAUGCUCUCAUGUUAAUGAAAAGACUGGCAAUAUUAAGAAAACCUUGUCAUUAAGAAACUGUGGCCAGGAACCUACCUUGAAGACUGUAUUAAAUAAAAUAGGAGAUGAGAUCACUGUAGCAAAUGAACUUCUAAAUAAAUUGGAAUUGGAAAUUCAGCAACAAGAACAAACCAACAAUUCACUCAAGGAACUCUGUGAAUCUCUUGAAGAUUACAAAGACAUAGAACAUCUUAAAGAAAACAUUCCUUCCCAUUUGCCACAAGUAAGAGUCACCCAGAGAUGGGUUAAGGGAUCAGAUCUUGAUUCUGAAGAACCAAACAAAGCUGUGGAACCUGGACCCAUAAAGAAGUUCCCCAAAGAACAAAGAAGUAUUAAGGAAUUGCCAUUUAUAACUUCUGACGAGUUCAAUGGUGUUCCUUCGUACAUGAAAUCUCGCUUGACCUAUGGUCAAAUUAAUGACUCUAUUAAAGAAAUCAACAAGGCAGUUAUUAGUAAAUAUAAAAUCCUAUAUCAACGAAAAAAGUCUAUGAAUUUUGUGGCCAGAAAUCUCUAUCACAGAUUUAUUAAUGAAGAAACGAAGGAUACCAAAGGUCGUUAUUUUAUAAUGGAAGCUGACAUAAAGGAGUUCAUGACUUUGAAAGUUGACAGGAAGUUUCUUGUGAUACUGAGUAUUUUACGACACUGCCAGAGGCUAUCAGAGGUUGGAGGGGGAGGACUUACUCCUUAUGUUAUAACCGGAGUCCUUGUGAGCUUUUGA